GGAUUUUAAAAUUGGCAAGCUGGUCAAAGAUGAUUACAAUCAACAAAAAGUAGAGAUUCUGACUGCCGUAAAAAAACUAGGAGACACACUCACAACUGAAGAACAAAUGUUUCUAUCACAAAACAGUUCAACGUCAUUAAGCAACUUUCAAAAUGUAGACGAUUCUUCGGAAGCAACACAAGUUUUAGCAGCAGCUGGAAAUGAGAUUCGAUCUCAAAAACAUUGAGUUACUUACUUUAUCCCAGAUUUUUAAUAUAACAUGGUGAAGUUGUCACUGUGUUCUAUCAUUGCUAAACACAAUGAGUUUAUUGUUAUUCCAAUAAUCAUAUAAUAUAUUAUUGAGUUAACAUAAUUCUUAUAUUUUAUGAUCCAUUUUCUAUUAAUAAACAAAAUUGUCGCAGAAAAAA